GAGUUCCAUAACAUAAUAAACAUACACUUUAUUAAUACAUAUGGGUGGAGGGCGUCGCUUUCCACCUAAGGGUGGUUCCGGAGGGCACGGCGGCGGUCCUCGUAAUAACACACCCACCCCGUAUAACGCAACAUCUCCGUAUACGUUGUUUAAAGAUAGCCUAUAUGAUCUUAUGUUUGAUGCUUAUUUACAGAGCAAAGUUUCGCGUAGGCAUGGUAUAUCUCGUGAUCAGCUGGAGGCUAUUAGACAACAUCCGGUAUCUGAGCACUUUCAUGGCUAUUUAUGCUGUUCAAUAUGUUACGAAAAUGCUUUAAUUUGUGCUGUUGGAACUUGUGACCAUGUGAUGUGUUUUCUUUGUAUGAUGCGUUUAAAGAACUUCUACGAUGAUUGUAAUAUAUUUGAAUGUCCCUACUGCAAACAGGUAUCUGAAAUAUUGGUUAUUUGUACAAAUCCAUUUUUUACUCAUGCCUGUUUUGAUUUAAGACUGUAUACUCAAGACUUAACACCAGAAUUGGAUUUAUCUGGUUUGGAGAAACUUUUGACCAUUCUUGGUGUAGACACUUCUAAAAAUCGCACUUACUUAUCGCAGGAUCAGAUAAACAUAAAGGACUUGCACAACACGUUUUUGUCAUCUUCACGUGAUAUGAUCAAGGGUAUAAGGAAACCUUCCGACAAAAGUAUGCAAGACAUUAUACAAAAGACACAGCAGUUAUCUCUAGAAAAACGUGAGCAACGUGAUCCUUUUCACGAUGUCUACAACAUUCGUCAUCCACGUCCGCAUUUCCAUGGUGAGAUGAUAUUUGUUCCUGCACAUCGCAUGUUGUUUGAGAACUUUAGUAUAUACAUGCUUUUUAGGGCUGUCAGCACUGCUUUAUGCUGGUCUUCUGACUGCAAGGCAACAUGGCUGCCGCCAUCUUUUCCUAAAACGAAAGAUGCAAUGGAGAAAGCAAUAGUGAAUCUUCAGUCUAAACAAUUUACCUCUUUUGGUUCGUUGAAUAAGCACUUGAAGUCUACUCAUGGUUUGGUUAUCUGUGACAUAUGUCAAGGUUACUUUCGCUUGAAGAAGUACAUUUGUGAAAUGCCGUUAUAUCGACAAACAGAUAUCAAAUUACACAUAAAACAUGGUGAUCCUGAUUCUGUACCUGCUGUUCCCCCUCAUAUGCUUUGCGUUGCUUGCAACCGUUAUCAAUGGGACCUUACUGAACUGAAGAACCAUGCAAAAACGGACCAUUUCUAUUGCAAUAUAUGUGAUUCGGAUGGGUAUACGUUCGAUAUUUACACGGAUUAUGCCAUGCUAUAUGAUCAUUAUAAAACGUAUCAUUAUCCAUGUGAAGAGCCAGAUUGCAUGUUUGUUGUUUUCCCUGAUGACCUCCAGUUACACCUUCAUUACAUGUCAAAACAUCCACAUCGUCAACGAUCAUCAACGGCUAGAAAACCAAAACCGCCACCGCCAAACAACGAGGCUCGGACAAUUGAUACUAGGCCUUCGCAAUAUGUAUGCCAGAUAAACUCUACAACGUUACUGUGGGAUGGUAACAUACGAAUUAUAAAGGACUGUACUGUCAAAUGCGAUGAAUCUAGCGCUCCUCCGGAGACUCCCAAGCUUUCCAAAGAAUUUGAAGCUUGGUUACUAAAGCACCCUCAUUUGAAAGAUUUUAGUCUAACAAAGGUAGAUAAUAUUACUGAUAUAUUGGACGCUUUUGCUGGAACGCUGAUAAAUUUGAAGUCCGAUAUUGCAAUUAAGGAGUAUGACUAUGACAUGUUUAACGUAAGAUGUGCUAUUCGCGUUGUUAGUGAUUUACAUCGCGUCGUGGAUAUUUUGAAAAUUGGUAAAUUGCCCCCUCGUUCUUCGAUUUUAGAGCAUUUACCUGCAGAUUUUCAACGCCAAUUAGAUGAAUAUGUGAUGACACUCCGUACUGAAUAUGAGGCCGCUAUCGAAUCAUCUCUUUCAGGAGAAGCGACUGCGGAACAGAAACCAAGUUUACUUAACGUUGUAAAAAAGUUUUUGACACCGUCUGUUGUAUUCCUGUACAGUAUUGACUUAUACGAAGAUGUGAAAUUACCUCGUUCAUUUAGGGUUAUAUCUGAGGAACAUCGUGUCUCACCCAAUGGUUUGCUGUUAUUUAACACUUUGGGGGAUAUGAUAGAAUGCACCAACAGGAUUGUAGUAAAACAAUCAUUUGAUUGGCUGUUGAAUGCUCUCAAAGAGUCGAUUGCCCGUGCCUCUGAGAAGAAAACAUCACCUGCUUCAUUAUCCGCAAUGGUAAAACCCAAAAACAAGAAAAAAAUAUCUCUUGAUGUCUUAGAAAAAGGUCGUAGCAUAGCGCAUAUGGUGGAUCGGCAGAAUCAGCAGCGCCGUCAGCAAAGGCUGCUACCACACCAAGAACGCAGGCCAUCUGCUUGGGGCAAGGUUGAGCCACGUCUCCCAGAAGCUGAAGACAAGGAACCAGUAGAGUGUCCUACUGAGCUCACAGACGGCAACACGUCUUUAUCUUUGGACAACGAGUGCUAUGUAAUGUCUGUUGAAGACUGUUUCAAGCAAAGUUUGAAUUCCGACUUUUUGACUGUUAUGAUUAAAGUGAUUAAGAGUGCUUUAGGGGGAAACGCAGUAAAGUACAAAGCAUCAUCAACGGAUUAUCGAUUGCGUGUUACAACUCGUCUUAAACUAGACCAAUUGGUAAUGGAUGGUCCUCGGAGGUUCACCAUAUUAUCAGAAUUUGUACCUAUGCAGGUGCUUGAAUCUUUACAAGCGCUGGAACCGGAGUUCCAUCGCCUCGUGAAAGAGUCAAAGCAUUCCGACAUCGACUCUUUAGCUAAGAUUUGGAGUUCACGUUGCACGUAUGCCCUCCGCAGAUGUCGUGUGGAACACCUUGAGAUCAUUGACUACUAUUUGAAUGCUAAGACUACCGCCGUGGAACUCAAGAACGAUGAUGAUUUUCCCGUUUUGGGCAAUGGAAAUGCUCCACAGUUGCAUAAGACAAGAAGGAACUAUGCACAAGCAUUAAAUGUGCGGAAUUCGUCCAAGUUCGUGUUGCUAGACUCUGAGUUUCCAGCACUAGGCUAAAUUCAAUAUACUACUAAAUUCAGUUCUUAAUGUCUCAUCCCCAUGUUUCUAAGACAAUCC